UUUUAUCUAUAAAUCUAAGAAACCCCCGCCAUGGCCAAAGAUAAAAAGAAGGGAUCGGACUCCAAGAAGGCCAAAAAGGCUGAGAAAGCUGCCAAGCAGGCCAGCAAAGGAGAGAAAAAGAUCAAAAACAAGACUGCCAAGCUUGAGGGCAGCGAUGCCGAGGAUGUCGACUUGGAUGCGGUGCUGGAAGAGUAUCGCCGCCAACAAGAGCAAUUCUUGAAGAUUACGGAGACGGUUAUUGAGGGCCCACCAAAGCCCCGAUCAGCAUCUACUAUUAUGGCUUCCCCUCAUGAAAACAACAGUCUGCUUUUGUUUGGAGGAGAGUAUUUUAACGGAUCCAUUGCGCAGUUCUUCAACGACCUGCACAUAUACAACAUCAACCGCGAUGAGUGGCGCUGUGUGACUUCUCCCAAUGCACCUCUCCCGCGAUCUGGCCAUGCAUGGACGAGAUCAUCAAAUCCAGCCUACGUGUACUUGUUUGGAGGAGAGUUUUCAUCUCCAAAGCAAGGUACUUUCCACCACUACUCCGAUUUCUGGAGGCUGGAGCCCGCAACGAGGGAAUGGACCAAAAUCGAGGUCAAGGGCAAGGACAAGAGCCCGCCGGCGCGAAGCGGACACCGGAUGACGUACUGGAAGCAGUACAUCAUCCUGUUUGGCGGCUUCCAGGACACAUCCAACCAGACAAAGUACCUGGCAGACUUGUGGAUAUUCGACACUGUCAACUACGUCUGGCAUAGCCCCGUUCUUCCGCCCGCUCAGCUCAAGCCUGAUGCCCGAUCUUCAUUCACCUUCCUCCCGUCUGAGCAAGGAGCUGUCCUCUGCGGAGGCUACUCGAGAGUCAAAGCCACUGUGCAGCUCAAGAAGACAAAGAAAGGAAGUCAACCUCAGGGGCAGAAAAACGUUCUCCUCCCCAAGGUUCAUGAAGACUCGUACUUUCUUAGAAUGUCUCUUCCCCCAGCUGAAGGGAAUGCAAAUGCUCCUCCUGCAGUCAGGUGGGAGAAGCGAAAGAAGCCAGCCAAUGCGCCUACGCCUUCUCGUGCCGGAGCGACCAUGGCCUUUCACAAGGGUCGUGGCAUUCUUUUUGGUGGCGUCCACGACGUCGAGCAGAGCGAGGAGGGAAUGGACAGCGAGUUUUUCAAUCAACUGUUUGCGUGGAACAUUGAGAGAAACAGAUUCAUGCCUCUCGCCGCGCGAAAGCCGCGCCAGCAGAAGAAGAAUGCAUCCGAACAGCGAGUUGGCAGACGUGGCAGAGCUCAGGCGAAUGAAGAGGAGCUGCUGCGACAGCUAGCGGCGCUCCAAGCUGGAACCUCGCUGGAGAAUGCUGACGACAUUGAGUUGGAAAAGAUGCUUGAGGAGCCAGAGGAGGAAGAGAAGCCCGCUAGAGAGAUGCCGGUUUCUAUGGAGCCGCCGCAUAUGCGCUUUAACGCUCAGCUUACGGUCCAGAACGACGUGCUCUUCAUAUACGGUGGCACUUAUGAAAAGGGCGAUCGCGAGUUUACGUUUGAUGAUCUAUACGCCAUUGACCUCGUGAAAUUGGACGGAUACAAGGAAAUCUUUAACAAGCCCGUGGAAGACUGGAUUGUAAGUAUUGCUGACGAUGAAGAUGAUGAAGAUGAUGAGGACGAUGAAGACGAGGAUGACGAGGACGAGGAUGAACAGGACGAGCCUGAGCAGCAGCUUCACACAGCAAGCAAGCGUAAGAAGAAGCAAGACGAAGUAUCGGAGGUUUCUUCUGGGGCACCCACGCCAUCGAUUACAUCGGAAGAAGAAGAGACUGAAACGACUGCCACAUCGGUCGAUGAUGGUCUGCCCCAUCCAAGACCGUUUGAAUCUCGUCGCGAAUUCUUCGUCCGCACAUCGGCAGAGUGGCAGGAGAUCCUCAUGACCAACCUCCGCUGGAAGAACAUCCAGCCAGAGACGCUCGCCAUCAAGGAGAUCAAGGCCAAGGCGUUUGAGCUGUCCGAGGAGAAGUGGUGGGAUUGCCGUGAGGAGAUUACGGCGCUGGAAGAGGAGCAGGAGGCGGCGGGCAUUCAGGAGGUUGUCAGUCUGGCGGAGAGGGGAGACGGUGGCGCUGCUGGAGGGGCGAGGAGGAGAUGAGGGCACUGCAUUGGCCUGGUCUGUUCCCGUUCGAGAGCUACAUUUCAUGUCUGAAAAGAUUCGACGUUUGGUAUGCUUUGGGCAUCUCUUGGAUAAACUCUAGCGUUAUAUAGCAACGUUCAGCUAUACCAGCUUUGGAUAACAUCGUAGAGGCAUACUGCUUUGAGCACAACAUUUCUUCAAAUCUC